AUGAUGUUUCUUCGAAACGCGCGCCAUUUUUUCGUGCGCGCGUUGUAUUUUAUCGCCACCACACGUGAGUUGCUCGCUAAUUUCAGUGUAAUAUUAUCAACUCCUUGCUUUCCUAGCCUCAGCCAUGCUCCAAACCCAUUCACCUUCGCUGGGAGAGUCCAUUUCAAAUACCUUUUUCAAUAUCUAUCUAUCUAUCUAUCUAUCUAUCUAUCUAUCUGUCCCAUUCUUAUCAGAUUCACAUCACCUUAUCUCUGUUUCAAUUCUUUCAUAUCUAUCUAUCUAUCUAUCUAUCUAUCUAUCUAUCUAUCUAUCUAUCUAUCUGUCCCAUUCUUUGCAUAUCAACUAAUCAAAUUCACAUCACCUUAUCUCUGUUUCAAUUAUUUCAUAUCUAUCUAUCUAUCUAUCUAUCUAUCUAUCUAUCUAUCUAUCUAUCUAUCUAUCUAUCUGUUAGGGCCAAAAUAA